GCUUCCGCCUCUCUCCUGCUCUCUGGAGCUGGGAACAAGCAAGGGGGCGGGCCUUCCGGGGGCGCGCGCACGCGAGGUCAGGAGCAGGAAUCCUGCUCCUUACUGCUGGGGAAAUGUCGCUUUCAGAAUAUGCAGUGCGCAUGUCCCGUCUGAGUGCCCGGAUCUUUGGUGAAGUGGCCAGGCCUACCGACUCAAAGUCCAUGAAAGUGGUAAACCUGUUCAGCGAGCAGCCCCUGGCCAAGAAGAAAGAGACGUACGACUGGUACCCGAAUCACAACACGUAUUUUGCGCUCAUGGGCACCCUCCGUUUUCUUGGCCUUUACAGAGAUGAGCAUCAGGACUUUAAGGAUGAGCAAAGACGUCUAAAGAAGCUCCGGGGGAAGGGGAAGCCAAGGAAAGGAGAAGGGAAAAGAGCUACAAAAAAGAAAUAGUAUCAGCUCAUCAAGAAAAAAACUGCCUUCCUCAGUGACUAAGAAAAUGCAUCUCAUUAUCUUUUCGUGUAUUAGAGGAAUGUGAUCUCCCUCAGUAGACGCCAGCCCUGUGUCCAUGUUCACUUCAGUUGAGCUGUGACUGGUUUCUUGAAGAUACUCUAAUCCUUCAAGAUUAUAAUGAGCUUGGUUUUGUAAUCUGAAGCGUGCCUAAUUCUGUAAUGGAAUAAAUAAACUAUCGUUGAGUGAUUUGUUUAAGAUUG